GUCCCUCCACUUUUUGUCUCUCCUUUCCCUCUUCCUUCUCUCUUCCUUCUUUUCUUCUUCUCUCUUCUUCCUUCUCUUUUCCAUCGAUUCUGGCCCGUUGGUCUCUCUGGUCACCUCUACCGCUCUCUCAUUGAUCCCAUAAUGUCCGAUCCGUACUUUGUGCUGUCGACGUUGACUUCCUGCUAGCUUUGUUGUCUCUCCACUUCCACUCCUUCUGACUCCGCGUUGAUUGUUUGGGUCUGUUUAUAUCACGUCACCCGCUCCCCUCACGUCAGGCGCGUCCUGUCAUUGUCAAUUUAUCUGCAUCAGCCGCCAUUGCGACCUUGCCCGUGGAAUUAUCGGUCCCUCCCACUCUUCCUGCAGACCCGCUGCACUCGGUUACCCCUCAAGCUGCCACCUGCCGCUGUCCCACACCUUCUCUUCACCUCCCCCCCUCUGUUCGCCUGAAGACCUCGCCUGACGUGGCUGUCCCUUUCAAGCGAGACGUCAUGAACGACACUGGCGCUCAUCCAGGUGUGAGGAAUCUCCUUGCCCGGUUUGAGAACAGCCAGAGCAGCACCACCUCCCCUCCUUCCCGCGGUCGGUCUCCCGUCGAUUCGGAGAAUUCGGGCUCGGCCAGACCGCUGUCCAAGGUGCGGGCCAGCUUCGUCGCCGUCGAUGGUGCCGUGCAAUCUCCAGUGGCCGGUCUGCGCAAGACCAGCGGCCGCAGCGAGAGUCCCGCCGCUCCGCUCAGGGUCAGAAGCUUCAACUCCGACGAUGGUGCCAGUCUGAAAAGUCCCUUGUCGGCAUCCCCUUCCAGCAGUGGCUUCCCAACCGAACAGAACGCGACCGAAAAUGGCACUGAAUCCAAAGAGAUCAGCUCCAAGGAGCUGUCUGAACCCCCGGCCCCUGCUCCACAGGUUGUUGAGGCUCCAGAGGCACCGGUUGAAGAAAGCUUGAAGUCUCCGGUGAAGGAAGCUGUCUCAUCGCACGACAAGGAAAACCAGCCUGUUUCGGAACCUGCUGCCAUUACGGUCACCCCUGCGCCCCCCACCGCCUCUCCCGCGAAAACAACCAAAACCGUUACCAAGCGACCCUCGGCAAUCCAGGUGGGAAAGACAGCCGCUACCAACAAACCGGCCCCUAAGCCGACCUCCGCCACGGCCCCAAAAUCUUCUGUUCAACCGCGUACUCCGACGUCCCCGGCAAAGACUGAAACCGAGAAAACCAGGACGGCCCGUUCUCCGAAGCCUCCUCCUGCUGCCACUCGAGCCCCCGCUCACAAGCCAAGCCGGACAUCCCUGAACCCUGCGACUACUGCGACUAGAACCACCGCUCCGCGACCUGCCCGCGCUUCGAUGCCCGCGCGUGAGGCCACUAAGACCGGCGCUUCUGAUGCAUCCCGUGCCACCAAGCCCCGAUCCAGAUCCCCGGCCAAGUCUACCCGCCUCCCACCCUCGGCGACGGCCCCGACUUUGUCGUCUGCCGGCAGUAAGUCAGGUGCUACCGGAACGGCCACUUCUAGACUCACUCGCAAGCCGUCGACCCUGAAAUCUGCCAACCCCGGGACCCAGCAGCGCGCAAUUACCCCCACUGCGUCGAGCGUGCGCAAGACCUCCCGCCCCUCCCCUCCUUCCGGAGGCGAGCGACCCCAAUCCCGAGUGAGCAAUGGCAGCUCUAAGCCUGUCGACGAGGGCUUCUUGGCUCGCAUGAUGCGCCCCACCGCCAGCUCUGCCAGCAAGACCCACGAGAAGGUCGACGUGAAGAGCCCUCCCCGCACCUCGAAGCCGACUCGUGCACCGGUGAAGAAGGUGGCUUCCAAGGCCGAGAUUCGAGCCCCCCGUGUGGCCAAGAAUGGUGAGAAAGCUCAGCCCACACCUGUUGAGAAGGCGAACGAGGCCCUCCAGAAGGAAAUCGCCACGGAGCCUGUCAUCAAGGAAGAGACAUCGAACGAUGUUUCUGACGAGCCCCAAGCCGAUCUCCCCAAGCCCGUUGAGCCUACUGUGGACUCUCAGGAGAAGCCUGCCGAAGCUCCCGUGGAACCCUCUACUGAAACCACUGCUGAGAAGCAGCCUAUUGAGACCCCCACUGAGCCGUCGGCUGCCCCUGCCGAGGAGUCGAUCGAGUCUACCGUGGAGACCUCUGUCGAGCAGGUUGAGCAGCCUACUGAGCCCUCGGUGGAACAGACCGCUGAUGCUGCCCAGUCGGCCACCGAAGAUGCUGCCUCCCCCGUCGAGUCUAUCGAUGCUCCUGCCCAGCCUACGGACCUGAGUGAGAACAACUCUUCCGUCGAGCCCAAGGAGCCCGCCGAGCCUGCAGUCCCCGAGCAGACCGUGGCAGACAAGACCGCUAGCGAUCUCCCCGAGUCUGCUGCGCCCGCUCCCGAAUCGAAGGACACUGACGAGAUUGAUAUCGCCAAGUUGUCCCUGACCUAGAUGAAACCAUUAAGCUGCUAGCCGUGUGGUUCCAUUUGUCAGCUUGAAGAUCAAAAAACCCCAAUAUUUCUUUUUCAAAUUUGCUCCCAUUUUUUAUUCAAUUCUUGUCAUCUACUUUCUUCGUUAUACCCUUUUGAUAGUCGUGAUACGAUCAAUAGGAAGGUCUUCACGCAACUUUUCUUUUCUAUUCCAAGCUGGUUUCUUUUUUACUUGACUUGAUCUGUCCUGCAGGUCUCGGUUUCGGGAAAGCAUUUGUGUUCUAUGGUUGGAGCAAGGCCGACAAUGUGUGCAAGCUGGAGCAUCUGCUGGUGGAGUUGUGUUUGGUCCCAUUUGGUCUUGUCUUAGCGUUAUAAACUGCAUAUUGCAUACAUAUCAGAGUUCUCCAGGACUGAUUGCUUUCGAUUUCUGUUUCUGUUUAGAGCUUAGUGUCGUCUUUAAUUGAGAAUUUGGGGUUUACUGCAGUUGCUUGGUUGUG